CAAACUCAGCUGGCCACUCCGCGCACCUUCUCCUUCACGCCCAGCUUUACAAGUAGCCGAAAAUUAUGAUGUGCACGCUCUCAGGGCACUAUUCAGGUAAAAACUUAAGCAAUACUGCGCCGAUUUCUAUAGGCAUGAGAUGCUCGCCAUAGUUACGGAAGGUGCUUCUACCACGACUCCCGAUGGAGACACUGGACUGGGAAACUGGGUCUGGGGUACAUUGCCUUCUCAUUGCAGGCCCCAAAAGCAGCUAUACAUUGAUUGUUUCUUGCAGAAACAUUCAGAGCUCAUGUAUGAACUCCUAGCGGGAAUGAGAGCAACGAGGAUUGAGUGAACUGGAGAAACUAGCGAUACAGCCACGUCGCAGAAUUUCGUUCACUCAUUGCUACAAUACAACAUACUCCCUACGCGAAUACAGUCUUGUUAUAGUACUGUAUAUCUAUAACAUAGCCAUGUCAUCCUGUAGACGUAGGUAGCCAAAAGCUGUCCUGCAUAAAGGGUCUUAAAUCCACAAUCAGGUAGCAAUAG